UCCGCCGCCAAGUCAAGAAGAUCGUAAAUAAGCAGAUUAAUACAGCAAAAUGAGCAAAAUUUGUCUUCUAAUCGUAGUCAUCAUUGGCGUCCUUAGCUGCCUAUCGGUGGCCCUGCCCCAGCGUGUGUAUACCCAGCCACUGAUCUACUACCCUCCACCUCCGCCGCCGCCCAGAAUCUACAGAGCGCGCCGCCAGGUGCUGGGUGGCUCACUCACUUCCAAUCCCAGUGGUGGCGCCGAUGCCCGAUUGGAUCUAAGCAAGGCCAUAGGAACCCCCGAUCACCACGUGAUUGGACAAGUGUUCGCAGCGGGCAACACCCAGACGAAGCCGAUAUCCACGCCCGUAACCAGCGGCGCCACCCUGGGCUACAACAACCAUGGACACGGCCUGGAACUGACCAAGACCCAUACGCCUGGCGUGCGGGACAGCUUCCAGCAGACGGCCACCGCCAACUUGUUCAACAACGGAGUGCACAAUCUGGAUGCCAAGGCAUUCGCCUCGCAGAACCAGCUGGCCAAUGGCUUCAAGUUCGACAGGAAUGGAGCUGGCCUGGACUACUCGCACAUCAACGGGCAUGGAGCCACGUUGACGCACGCCAACAUCCCCGGACUGGGCAAGCAACUGGAGCUGGGUGGACGGGCCAAUCUCUGGCAGUCGCAGGAUCGCAACACCAGGCUCGAUCUGGGCAGCACGGCCUCCAAGUGGACCAGUGGACCCUUCAAGGGCCAGACCGAUCUGGGCGCCAAUCUGGGUAUCUCCCACUACUUUGGCUAAACACAUAUAGUUUAAACCUAAUCAGAAAAUAUUUAAAAUUCUUAUAACCAAUAUUUAUCUAUUGUUAUUCUUGUAAAAUGUAGUUUGAUUUUUAUCCAAAAUUUGUUAAG